UCUUCAAAUUAAAAACAAAAGAAAGAAAAGACUGUAUGUCUCUCACUUCACACACGUUCCCAAAGCAAAACCAAAAAUGGCUACAUGGUCUCUGCUCUCUCCUCCUCCUCCUCCUCCUCCUGCUUCUAUGCCCACCAGCAACAUUAAUACAGGCACAAAAACAAGUAUGAUCUCAAGUAGAAGAAGAAGAAGAGGGACAUUAAUAAUAGCAAAUGCCACAAACAGUAGCCAAGACAAUGAAAAAGACAAAGAUGCACCAGCUUUCAACCCCUUUGGUUUUGUCACUGAUAAUCCUUCCAGCCGCUCUUCCAUUCAGCUCCCUGAGUCUCCUGCUGAGGAUGGCAAUGUUGGCCAAAUGCUCUAUAGGAUAGAAGACAAGGGAAAGGAAAAUGGCUCCUACGUAAAAUCUGGGGAGCUAAUAUGGUUUGUGAGAGAAACUGGAUCUCCUGACAGCCGCCGUGGAACAAUUAUCUUCUUACAUGGGGCGCCAGCACAAUCUUACAGUUAUCGAGUUGUCAUGUCUCAGAUGUCAGAUGCUGGGUUCCACUGCUUUGCACCUGAUUGGAUAGGGUUUGGUUUCAGUGACAAGCCACAACCUGGAUAUGGCUUUGACUACACAGAAAAGGAGUUCCAUGAAGCACUUGAUAAAUUACUUGAUGUGCUGGGGGUCAAAUCUCCCUUCUUCCUUGUUGUUCAGGGAUUUCUUGUAGGUUCAUAUGGAUUGACCUGGGCCCUGAAAAACAAGAGCAAGAUAUCAAAACUAGCAAUUUUGAAUAGUCCGGUGACAGUUUCAUCUCCCGUUCCUGGACUAUUUCAACAGCUAAGGAUUCCUCUGUAUGGAGAAUUUACCUGCCAAAAUGCUGUCAUGGCUGAGCGCUUUAUUGAAGCAGGCAGCCCCUAUGUCCUGAAGCUGGAAAAGGCCGACGUUUAUCGGUUACCAUAUUUGGCAAGCAGUGGACCAGGGUUUGCUUUGCUCGAGGCCGCGAGGAAGAUCAACUUCAGAGAUAUUGCAAGCCAAAUCGCUGAUGGCUUUGCAUCUGAAGGAUGGGAUAAACCAAUACUUCUUGCCUGGGGAAUAGCAGACAAGUAUCUGCCUCAGGCUGUGGCAGAAGAGUUUCAGAAAGGAAACCCUAAUGCUGUGAAACUUAAGUUAAUAGAAGGCGCUGGCCAUAUGCCACAAGAGGACUGGCCCGAGAAAGUUGUUUAUGCUCUGAGAGUAUUCUUUUGAGCUCAAUGCAUGAAUUAACAUUUGGACGGAGAUGCGCUUCUGUCUGACCGAAGGAAAGAUGGAAUGGGAAAAUGACGAAUAUGAUAGAGUGGGAGGAUGGAUGUUAACUCAUACAUCUAGUUGUUUGGUUAACAGGAGAGGUAAGAUGAAAACCAAUCAGUAACCAGAAAAGCUGCUCCAAUGGCAGAAUGAAGCCAAGUAAGCAAAUCUUGCUUGUGGGCACAAUUAACUUUGGCAAUUGUUAACAAUUAUAUGUAUAUUAUGGUUUGUUUCUAAGAAAUCAAA